AUGGCAUAUUUUUAUUAUCAUCAUCAUAAUGACAUAAGAUCACAAACUCACAAUAUCUUACAGGCUGCUAAGAUUUCAUCUAAUCCAGAAGCAUAUGAACUAAUGAAGGGUUGGGAGAAUUAUUGUGUCAUGCAACAGUACCAACAAUAUAAAGUUGUAGCUGUCAUCGAUAUUGAUAAUUCUACAUUAGAAAAUGAUGUUUGUAUCUUUGAUGAAUCUGCAUCAGAUUCAAGUGAUGAUGAAUUAGUUGAGCUAUGCAUCAUUGAUAUGGAGGUAUUAAGAGCAGUAUACCGAUUGGGAAAAAAGCUGAUAAAACAAGAGUCUAAAGAAUUGCCUGACAGAAUAAAAAAUAAUCCAAUAUAUUAUCCUUGGUUCAAGAAUUGUUUAGGUGCAAUUGAUGGCACACAUAUAAAUGCAUGGGUUCCCGCUGAGAAACAAACAUCAUGUAGAGGUAGAAAGACAAUUGUCACACAAAAUGUCAUGUGUAUCUGUGAUUUCAAUAUGUAUUUCACAUAUGUGUAUUCGGGGUGGGAAGGAAGUGCACAUGAUGCAAAAGUUUUUGUUGAUUCAUUAACCAAUCCAAAUGCACAAUUUCCAUGGCCAUCUAGAGGUAUGUUCUAUCUUGUGGAUUCUGGCUAUCCUUGCACCGGAGGUUUCCUUGCCCCUUUUAGAGGCGAAAGAUAUCAUGCUCAAGAAUACACUGGUCGAGGUAGACAACCAAGAAGUCGUGAGGAGUUAUUCAAUUAUCGGCAUUCAUCUUUAAGAAUGACAAUUGAGCGAUGCUUUGGAGUCUUGAAGAUCAGAUUUCCUAUUUUGAAGUUAAUGCCUCCAUAUAAACCUUCUAGGCAGCGACUCAUAGUGAUAGCGUGUUGUGCUAUUCAUAAUUACAUACGCAAGUGGAAUUUACGUGAUGAUUUGUUUAGAAUGUGGGAAGACAUGGAUCCAACAGAAAUGGAGGUUAUGAAUGAGAUUUCUAACAUUGAGGGAACACGUUUCAAUGAUGAUAACUUAUCAAGGUUAUCUGAUGAAGGUGCAACUGAAAUGGCAGCAUACCGUAAUCAUAUAGCAAAUUGGAUGUGGGCACAACAUAACAACUCUGCGGUUUAG